UUGGGUGCCUAUGCAAAGCAGAUCGCCCUACAGGGAUGAUGAACUCUACUGAAGGAGUGGCUCCAAAGCGCGUCGCAUCACCAAAACCCGGAUCCAGUGCGCACACGCAAUGGUGAAAGUUCUUUAAAUCUGUGAGGAAGUCUGCUUGAUCGGAAAAUUUACGCCCCGCAAUCAGCAACAAUCUUCUUUCUAGAUGAAGACCACCUGUAAGAAGUGUCUCAGACUGAUUCUGGUCAGUGGAUUACUGCUGGUCGUCCUGUUUUACUUUUGGAGCCCCAGGACCAGCUCAGGAGUCGACAUACGGUCAAGACAGAGUAGUCCAAUAAAGAAACUCUUCAGUGGGAAAAUUGGAGACACCGACAUUCCCUACCAUAUAAAAGAGGAUGUGGCAUGUCGUUUGGCCCAGAAUGCAUGUGUAUGCCAGGGUGAUCAGAAAAGCUUUCACCUGCCAUUCUCAGACAUGUUCUUUCCACGGGUGAAGGCCCACAACCUCGAUCUGGCUUUCUUGGAGUCUCACCCUGAUCCAGAUGGCGUAAAGCGUCACAGAGCUCAGGAGUACAACAACUUCCAGCAGAGGUCCUUCAAUCCUGCAGAUGAACUGAUUGUAGCUGAGGCUAACAGUCCUCUUCAUUAUCCUACCCAGGGUGUGGAGGUGCGACCCCUCCAAACAAUCUUUAUUCCAGGUUUGGGUCUUAAAGAAGAAGAAAGAUCAGUCCAUACAGUGUAUUUGACAGCAACUCUGGGGACUUUUGAUGUUGCUGCUACAGUCGACAGGGUCUCCAUCAAAGGAGAGGCAGAGAAGCGCAUGAGCUUAUCAAGUCCUCAUCUCUCUCACCUGAACAGGCAGCUGCAGUUUGUCACCUACACAAACACUGUGUUCAACCCGAAGACAGCAGAUACAAUUCAGUUUGCAACUGAAAGUCACCGGUCAUUUUUCAUCAUCAAAGUUGGGCAUCCAAUCAUCCCGAAGCUUUACAACUCCGGACACCAGGAAGAGUACAACAUUAGUGCUCUUGUUACCAUCGCCACCAAGACCUUUCUACGCUAUGACAAACUCAAAGACCUUAUCGACAGCAUACGGCUGUAUUAUCCCAGCGUCACCAUAGUGAUAGCAGAUGAUAAUGAACACCCUGUGCCAGUGACCGGCCCUCAUGUUGAACACUACAUUAUGCCAUUUGGAAAGGGUUGGUUUGCUGGAAGAAAUCUGGCAGUGUCUCAAGUGACCACCAAGUAUGUGCUCUGGGUGGAUGAUGAUUUCAUCUUCACUGCAAACACCAAGUUGGAGAAGAUGGUGGACAUCCUCGAGAAAACCACUCUAGAUCUGGUUGGUGGUGCAGUGAGAGAGGUGACGGGCUACACUGCAACAUAUCGUCACACCAUUUCAGUGGAGGCAGGAGGAGAGGAGGGUGACUGUUUGCAUAUCAGAAAUGGCUUCCACCAUGCCAUCGACGGAUUUCCCAACUGCGUGGUAGCUGACGCCGUCAUCAACUUCUUCCUGGGGCGGACGGACAAAGUGCAGCAGGUUGGCUUCGACCCGCGCCUGUCACGACAAGCCCAUCUGGAGUUCUUCAUCGACGCUCUGGGCUCCCUCCACGUUGGCUCCUGUAGUGACGUCAUCGUAAACCACGCAUCAAAGAUCCAGCUACCCUGGAGUAAAACAGAGUCGCAAAAGGCCUAUGAAAAAUUCCGCUACUUGUCUUCCACUGCGAAUACUAACGUGCAUAACGAAGUCUUCUAUUUCAAGAACAGGUUCAAGUGCAUGACCAGUCAGUGACACUAGGGCUCCCGCAUGUCAGAUGUAAGAAUGUGAAAUUAUUGUUGCUCUGAGGUAAAUGAAGAAUGCAAAAUAUUGUAUUAUUUUGUUUUUACUUCAUUUUUCUUGCUGCCUAAAUGUUUAAAUUGUUGUCAUAAGUGGAGAAGUCCACGAUUAUAUGUUUUCAUAAAUGAUUUCAACUUGUGUCCUGUUUGAUGGGAAUUCAGUAAGUGUUAGCCUGUAGUCUGUUUUUUGUUGCACAACAGUUUGGUUUACAAAACUUGCUAUGUGAUCAUGUUUCAAACCUCAGGCUCAGGAGUUGCAACACGUGUGUCCACAGAGUAACUCCUGAUUAUAUGUUCAAAUACCACGUACAAUCAGUGGUGCAAAGCAUGAGUGGAUGAGUGAGUGUGAGUGGGAGAACUGAAGAAAUAACACAAAACAAAAAAGCAAAGACCAUGUGGCUGCUCAGACACUCUAAUGAUAGGCUUUUGUAACACUGGCACUCAUGGAACAGAAGCAACCGAAAGACUGAAAGACAAGUAGAUACAAGAAAGGAUUAGAGAGAGAAUGUCACAAUAGAAAAUUAUUUUCCCAACCAAAAAUGCCAAAGUUGCAAUUUUUGUUUUGAUUCGCAGUGUCAGUUUGUCCACCGCCAUGUCAGCAAUGAUCAGACAUCUGAAUGCAUAUUUAAUUCUUAACAGUUAUGUAGGAUUUUAUGGUUAUGUCUCAGUUUUGAGGCUUUCAAAGUUUCUUUCCCUCUAUGCUGAUGUGAGUGACUGUCCAAGUUGGCUUUGGGUGAGAGGCGGGGUUCACCCUGGACAGACAGACCUUCAUCCACACUCAUAUUCAUAGCUAAGGCCCAUUUAGAAUCACCAAUAACCUAACUAGCUUCCUGUGAGGCCGUAUUGCUGACCACUGCCUUACUGCGUCACCCUGUUUUAACAAUAUCAUGAGAAAGUGUCAGUAAAACAUUACAAGUGUUUUUGGAAGAAAGAGGUCGUGCCACAAUGACUAGAAGUUUACUUCCUCCAGAUCUGAGGAGCCUUUUACAUCUUUUUUUGCACUUUGAUUUGGUAGCAAAAAAAGGUGUUUUUGCUGCAUUGUUUAUUUUUUUUAGUUGAUGUUCAUUCCAGUAAUUUAGGAGCUGAUGUUUUUGAUGACAUGAUAUUGUAUUUUUAGCUAUUUCAAAAACAAGAUGUUGCCUUUUUUUCACAAAUGACAUUUGUCUUGCUAAGGAGUUGAUGUUAGUAAUGCCUUCAUUGCACUAAGAUGUCUCCCUGCCACACGUCAAUAUAAUGAAUCCAUCAGAAAGGUUAGUGGCUACAUCAGUUAUUUUGCUAUGGAAAAGUAAUCCUUAGCAUCUGACAAUGUCUCAACAAAUGUAGUUAUUUUGUUUGACUUGAUUUUUACUGCUAAGUAAAGAUGUUCAAUGUUAAGAAAAUAA